AUGGCUUCUCCUCAAGGCGCCGCGCAGGCUGUCAAGGACACUGUCCAACAGGUGGCUGACAAAGUGCAAGAGAUGACAACGACAGACAACGCUGCGGCAUCCGACAAUGCUACUGCACCAAACCUGUUACUGGAUGAGGUGACGGGUGAGCAUGUGUCCAAGACCGAGCUGAAGAAGAGGCAGAAGCAGAGAGAGAAGGAGAAGGCCAAGGCGGAAAAGGAGUCGACGAGACAGGCUCCCCCACCACCGAAGCGCAAGGCUGGCCCAUCAGAAGAAGACUUGAACCCAAAUCAAUACUUCGAGAUCCGGUCUCGUGCCAUCAAACGCAUGAAGGAGACCAACCAGCCAAGCAAUCCGUUCCCGCACAAGUUCCACGUCACGUAUGAUCUGGCCAACUUCGAGGACGAGUACAAACACCUCAAGAAGGGCGAGCUCGUAGAAGAUAAGCAAAUCAAUGUCGCCGCUCGCAUCUACAACAUCCGAGCAUCAGGCGAGAACCUUCGCUUCUACGAGGUUGGUGUCAAUGGCGCUUUCCUUCAGAUUAUGGCUCAGAACGAGAAGAGUACGAGCAAGCUGUCGUUCCCAGAUCAACACGACCAUAUCCGACGAGGAGACUGGAUUGGUGUUACUGGCUUCCCAGGUCGAACGAGUCCGAAGAGGGAGGACAAUCCUGGUGAGCUCUCUGUGUUUGCUCAGGAGGUCAUCCUACUCUCGCCAUGCCUACACCAGAUCCCGUCUGAACAUUACGGCUUCAAAGACCAAGAAGAGCGACACCGUAAUCGCCACCUCGACCUCAUCAUGAACAAGUCAACCCGCAACACGCUCCUCGCUCGCUCCAAGAUCGUCAAGUACAUUCGAACUUACUUCGACAGCAACGGCUUUUUCGAGAUGGAAACACCUAUCUUGAUGAAGAAUCCUGGCGGCGCCACCGCCAAGCCCUUCUACACACAUCACAACGACCUGAACAUGAACCUCGCCCUCCGUAUUGCCACUGAGCUACCGCUCAAGCAACUUGUCGUCGGUGGUCUGACCAAAGUCUACGAAGUAGGCCGACUCUUCCGCAACGAGGGCAUCGAUCUCACGCACAACCCGGAGUUCACGACCUGCGAAUACUACGAAGCCUUCGCUGACGUCUACGACGUCAUGGACCGCACAGAAGAACUAGUAGAAGGCAUGGUCAAGCACAUCUGCGGCUCCCUCCAAACCAAGUACCAUACUCAAACAGGCGAAGAAUACAACGUUGACUGGUCGCGGCCUUGGAAACGCGUAGAGAUGAUCCCCGCUCUCGAAGAAGCCUGCGGCGAGAAGUUUCCACCCGGCGACCAACUCCAUACGGACGAGACAAAUCAAUUCCUCAAACGCAUGCUCAAGAAGACCGGCGUCGAGUGCACGCCUCCUCUCACCAACACCCGCAUAAUCGACAAGAUGGUCGGCGAGUUUAUUGAAGAAAAAUGCAUCAACCCAACCUACAUCGUCGGACACCCCCAAGUGAUGUCCCCACUAGCCAAAUACCACCGCGAGACUCCCGGCAUUUGCGAACGCUUCGAAGCCUUCGUAUGCAAAAAGGAAAUCGUGAACGCUUACACCGAACUCAACGACCCCUUUGACCAGCGUCUGCGAUUCGAGGAGCAGGCCCGUCAGAAGGCGCAGGGCGAUGAUGAGGCGCAAGUUCUCGAUGAGGGAUUCUUGACUGCGAUGGAGUACGGGUUGCCGCCUACAGGGGGUUGGGGUAUGGGCAUCGAUCGGAUGGUUAUGUUUUUGACGGACAACUAUUCGAUUAAGGAGGUGCUUACAUUUCCUUUUAUGAAGGAUGCGGAGGUGCCGUCUAAGCCGAAGGCGGCGGAGGUUGUGGGGGUGGAGCCUAUGGUUGUUGAGGGGACGACGCAUAAGUAG